AUGGCGGACCGCUAUUCUUUCUCCCUGACUACUUUCUCGCCCAGUGGUAAACUGGUGCAAAUUGAAUAUGCUUUGAAUGCAGUCAAUCAGGGUAUCACAGCUCUGGGUAUCAAAGCUACCAACGGCAUCGUGCUCGCCACAGAGAAGAAGUCAUCCUCCCCUCUAGCCGACCAAAAGACAGUGUCGAAGAUUAGCAGCAUCACGCCCAACAUCGGCAUGGUCUACUCUGGCAUGGGCCCUGACUAUCGAGUAUUGGUUGACCGCGCACGCAAAGUCUCCCACACCGGCUACAAGCGAAUCUACAACGAGUACCCUCCCACCCGCAUAUUGGUCCAGGAUGUAGCCAAGGUCAUGCAGGAGGCCACCCAAUCUGCGGGUGUUCGACCAUACGGUGUCAGUCUAUUGGUUGCUGGCUGGGAUGAGGGUAUUGAGCCCGAUGUUGAGGGCGAGGUCCAAGAUACUGAGGAUUCCGGAACAAAGAAGUCCAGCAAGACUGGUGGUAUUCACAAGGGAGGCCCUAUGUUGUACCAGGUUGAUCCAUCAGGAAGCUACUAUCCUUGGAAGGCUACUGCUAUUGGCAAGAGCGCUACCAAGGCUAAGACUUUCCUGGAGAAGAGAUACUCGGAAGAGUUGGAGCUUGAGGAUGCCAUUCACAUCGCUCUUCUCACUCUAAAGGACAACAUUGAGGGUGAGAUGAACGGCGAUUCGAUCGAAAUCGGUAUCGUGGGCGCUCCUGCCGACCAUCUUCUGGGAAUUGAGGGUGUUGAAGGGGCUCAGGGACCCCGGUUCAGAAAGCUGACGCCUCAGGAAAUUGAGGACUACCUAACGAGUCUAUGA